AUGGUCAAAGAUGAACUCAAGAGCCUCCCCUAUCACCAUGAACUGAGUCUAUCACCGCAGGACAUACUGGAUUUGUUCAAGAUCACCUUUGAAGAGCAGUUGUAUCGCAACGAUCGUCAAAUCCUCAGUGAUGAUAUCCAAAGUGUGAAAUCUGAGCUGUUCAACAGAAACUACGUGGCUGCCUUCGAUUCGACGGAAAAACGAACUGCAUACUGUGCUCGCUGGUCUCCGUCUCGAGCCAUUGCGUAUAGCUCGUUAUUUUGUCAUUUGGACGCGGUUCGCGCCGUUAUUCAAGACUCUCACGAUGGUGAGAUUCUGUGUAUCGGAGGCGGAGCAGGAGGUGAACUGAUCAGCAUCGGCAGCAUAUUCACACCAUCUGUCGAUUUUAAUGCCAAAUACUCCACGAAAACAUCCCAAGCAGAAAACAAAACCCUCAAGGUCACAUUAGUCGAUCUGGCGGACUGGACUGCAGAGGUGGCAAAACUGAAGGAAAGCAUACGCAAAACAUGGCUUUUUGACCAUGCUAACGAUCUAGCGAUCCAAUUCCUCAAGAAGGACGUGUUACAAGCGUCUUCUGCGGACCUGAAUCUGCCAUCACUGGAUUUGAUAACACUGCUGUUCACCACAAACGAGCUGUUCACGGCCGCAAAGGCCGAAAGUAUCCGGUUCUUUCAAAGGCUCAACGACCAAUGCCGCUCGGGCUGUCAUCUGCUGAUUGUCGAAAGCGCCGGUAGCUAUUCCCACAUAACGGUUGGCUCCAAGAAAUUUCCUAUUCAGUUUCUUAUUGACACGCUCCUUAUGGGAAAAAGUGGUGAGGAAGCCACCGGCCAUUGGGAGCUUGUGCAGGGCCACGAUUCGUUGUGGUAUCGUGCCAAGGACGACGUGGACUACCCUCUGAAAGUGGAAAACAUGCGAUUUUUCUACAGACUCUACAGGAAGAAGUAA